CGUUCCUUCGACACAGUUUUAAUAGAAUAGACUUGGUAGCGGUAAUCUGUUAUUGGAUUGACUUGGUGUUAAUGCUUUCUGGUGUAUCUCAUCUAUAUGUAUUCAAAGCUUUAUCUACUUUGAGGAGUCUUAGAUUGUUAACCGUUACUAGUGGUGGUUCUACUAUCUUACAAUCUUUAAAAACAAGUGCUCCUUUAUUAGUUAAUGGUUCAUUUCGGAGACGAUGUGUAUGGUUAGAUCCUGAUGGCGCUAACAAUUUUAUAAUCUCACAACAAUGGUGUGGAGGAUACGUUGGAUCAGACGGUCUUCAUCACCCGUAUAUAAGCUUAACUGAGAAACAAUUCCCAACAUUUCCUAAAGGAUAUCUCUGUCCUGUCGGACAGAUUUGCACGGAAACCGAGAAUCCAUUCAACAAUAUGGUGUCUUAUGAUAAUAUUUUUUCCGCCAUGGUCCUAACUUUUGUGCUCGCAGCAACUCAAGGCUGGACCGAUCUUUUAUACAGAACAAUGGAUACUGAUUAUGGAUGGGCAACAUUAUACUAUGUGUUGUCUAUCCUUAUUUUAAACUUCUGGCUACUUAACUUGUUUGUUGCCGUGAUCGUUACAGUAUUUGAAAAAAUUCGUGAAGAAACUUCUCAUUCCGCAUUUACUACAUCCAAGUCUGCUCCAAUAUUGUUGGAUGAUGAAGGAGAGUGGACGUUAAAAGAUCAUAAAAAAGUCGAAACAAACCAAUUAGAUCGCAUAAUGAAAAAGAUAAAAUACUUUUGGGUCUUUUGCAUAUUCAUUGACUUAUUUAUCAUGGGAUUUAGAACUUAUGAUAUGCCUCCUAGCACUGCAUUGCUUAUAGACCUUUUGUUGGCUAUUAUUACAUGCUUUAUACAAGUCCCAGUGAUCAAGUCAUCUCCAGCGUAUCCUUACUUGACAAUAUUUCAAAUAGUUCGUGUAUAUCGUGUUGUUAUAGCUGUGCCUCGUCUAAAGAAUGUGUUG